CAUCAUCCCCUUUGCUCACACUGCUGCAGCAGUAUGGCUACCAGUUACUUCAGCGUCUCAGCGGUUGACCAAGUGACCGUUGUUCCUCCGUGGGUCGUUUGUCUCUCUCAAUGCGAGUGAGUCCUCCGAUGAAGAAAUUCGCUUUAUUCCCGAAAUUUGGGCUCGGUCCUUCGAGAUUCACUACGUGUGAAUCGGACGUCCAGCGUCUGCGCCGUGGCUCCCGCGGGCCUCUCGGCGUGCACCACAUCCUGGAGGAGCUGCGCGCCCGCAGCGUUUAAUUCAUCGGUUCUGAGCCACGAAGAGGUUUUCAACUACUUCUCGACUAAGGGGAGGCUCCGCGAGGCCGAACAAACGCUGGUGGCAGCUUCGCAGAUGGCUUCCUCCCGGGGCCUCGCUGCUCCACCAACUUCUCCCUCACCUCGGGAUGUUGUCCCUCGAAGGCAGAGGAAGCAACCGCUGGGCUUCCAUCCUGUCCCCCCUGUUGAAUGAAAUCUGCACUGCACGUUAUGACUGAAACAAUUCAGUCUCGAAUAAUACGCCAUCUUCCCUGCACGUGAUGUAAACAACACCUGCGAGCCGGGUCGUGUUUCAGUACUUCCUGGUACGUCACUCCAACAGGAUUAUGGGAGCUGUAGUCCCAGCUCCAGCCAUGGGUUUGAUUCUCCUGUCUCCUAUGGCAACAAUUCCUGAUUCCCAUAGGAAUCCAAUUCUAGCAGACCACAUCCUUUGACUUCAGGACAUAAAGACGAGUGUGAGCACUGAGGGGGGCUUCAGUGCAUCUCACCAUCACAUCAAAGAGAGAGAUAAGAAGACAUGUCCUGCCUGGGGGCUUUCACCGGUCUCCUCUCCUGCAUGGUCCUCCUCAUUGUCCACUCAAGUGAUGGCUCUGAGAUUAUCGAUGGGACAGAAGUGAAGCCCCACUCGCUGCCGUACAUGGCUCUGCUUCUGAGAACCAGACCAGCAUGUGGAGGGAUACUGAUCGAUGAAUCAUGGGUCCUGACUGCUGCCCACUGUAAAAAAAUUAAGACCGUGUUGCUGGGGGUGCACUCCAUCAAGGCCAAAAAAGACAAGUCCAGGCCGGUCAUAAAGGUUAAGAAGCGUUUUCCACAUCCCCAGUAUGUUUCAACUACAGAGGGCAAUGACCUCAUGUUGCUCAAGCUUGACAAAUCUGUGAAGGAAACCAAGACGGUGAAGUGUCUUAAGUUGGAUGAUGCCAUCAAAGAUCCGGCAGCAGGGACCAGCUGCAUGGUGGCAGGAUGGGGACAAACAAACAACGGGAAAAUGUCCGACGUCUUGAUGUCCGUCAAUGUGACUGUGGUCGACAGAGUGAAGUGCAACUCUCCUGAAUAUUACAACAGACAUCCCGUGAUCACCAGCGGCAUGAUAUGUGCCGGUUCAGACGGGACAAAUGAAGCUGACACCUGUGGGGGGGAUUCAGGAGGCCCACUGAUGUGCAGCGGAGGGCUGGUUGGAGUCACUUCUUUCGGAACCAAGUGUGGCCGGAUUGACAAGCCAGGAGUGUACUCGUAUCUCACAGAGGAACAACUCAGCUGGAUCAAAAAGACAAUGAAGAAGUCUAACAUUUAAUGAGCACCCGCUGUGAAGGAUUUUGUGUUUGCGACCAUGUUAAUCAAUUCUAUGUGAGGUGAUACGAGGGAGAUUUCUGCUUCUGCUGCAAUAAAACAGGCCAAGGUGAUUUUAUUUUGAAAUCUAAACUGGAGAGACACGUGUUUAUCAUGAAAGCAAAUUGCCAAAGGGACAUUAUUGAGUCCUUCAACCAGACUGAUGCCAACCAGACAGAUUCACCACUUCCUGCAUCAAGAGCCUAAAUUGAAACUGAGGCUUCAGCUCAAGUCUUGUGGAAAACAAGUGUUGUAAUAAAGAUAAAUUCUGGGCCAUGAAGUAUUAUCUAAUCAUCACUGAUCCAUGUUCUUAUACUGUGUUAAAACCCCACACCAACAUUUCUGUCGUCAUAGAGGCAGAGGCUGAAAUAAAGAGGGCACAUGGUCUGUCUGUCUUUCUCUCUCAGCUUUUCUUUCUCUCAGCUGACUCUUUUACGUUUUGUUCUCCCUCCCAGCGCCGUGUUUUCUCUGGUUUCAGGGUCCUAAGAUCAGUGUUCAAAUAAAAACAAAUCAUUUUA